AUGCAGUCCCUCGCCUGGGCCAGUAUAGUACUCGUCGCCUCUGCGGCCCAAGUGGUUGCCGAUCCAUCUCUGACAGUGCGCACAAAGACUGGUAUCUUUACCGGUCUUCAUAACUCGGAAUUCAGUGCCGUGCGCGAAUUUCGUAAUAUUCCGUUCGCACAGUCUCCCGUUGGACCACUGCGUUUCCAGCCCCCCAGAGCCGCUGUCGCCUUCGUCGAAGCAUCACGAUUCGACACAAGUUCCGCCUUCAUGCCCCCAAUUCAUAAUGGUAACCAGAACCACUCAACCGGACUCACCUUACAAAAGUCAUCAGAGGACUGCCUGAGACUUGCCAUCUGGACGCCGUACGGAAUUUCCCAUGAUGCAAAGCUGCCUGUCGUCUUUUUCAUGACAGGAGGGGGAUUCAAAACCGGCGGAGUUGAUGUGCCGGCACAAAUACCAUCGGCAUGGGUCAAUCGAACACAGGAACACAUCGUGGUAACCAUCAACUAUCGGGUCAAUAUCUUCGGCUACCCCAAUGCCGCCGGGCUGAGGAACCCAAACCCCGCCAUGCUAGACCAGCGUCUCGCUCUCGAAUGGGUUCACGAAAACAUCGCCGGGUUUGGUGGAAACCCCGAGGCCAUUACUAUGUGGGGACAGUCUGCUGGGGCAAUCAGUACAGACUAUCACAACUAUGCUUUCUGGGACAACCCUCUUGUCCAAGGCACUUUUUCACAGUCCGGCACAGCUAUAAAACAGCUGACGUCUUCUGAUUAUGAUCAAUCCAACUUCACCUUUGUAGCCAAACACGUUGGCUGUGAUUUCGCUGAUAAUUCGUCGAAAGAGCUGGAGUGCAUGCAGAAAGUCCCUAUGGCCAAGAUUGAGAACUUCGUUGGUCAGUACACCGGAGAGCCAGGGUUGACAUUUGGACCUAUCGCCGAUGAAAAAUUCAUUUUCUCCGACUACCCAGCACGAGCGGCUGCAGGGAAGAUGUCGCCUCGCCCAGCGAUUUUCUCUGAUGCCGCCAAUAACGAUGCCAGCCUGAUUUCAUGGCCUUCAUCAAAUGUCACAGAAGGCCCGUAUCAGCCUAUAGUCGAUGCAGGAACAUUGUCUGGCUGGGUGUGCCCGACCGCUAAUACAAGUAUUCUUCGUGCGGCUGCCAACCGAAUCACAUAUCGAUACCAGUACGCGGGUGUCUGGCCAAACCAAAACCCUUACAAAUGGACAGGCAGCUUCCAUUCGUCGGACUUGAUGAUGUUCUUUGGAACGUACUUAUACAACGCAACUCACACUUCAUCUAAACCUACUGAUGCAGAAAUCAAGACAAGCCAGGCAAUGCAAGAUCAUCUCUUGGCUUUCAUGAAAGACCCUAAGAAGGGCCCCGCUGCAUUGGGCUGGCAUCCGUAUACUUAUGGGGACAAAGUUCUCCGAUUCGGAGCAGACGGAAUUCCGGUUCAAAAGGUCAGCGGAUAUGACAUUGAUGGACCUUGCUUUGGAAAUGGCACAUAUGAUGCAUUUCCAUAG